UUGGUACCUCAUGACAGGUGUUAAAUUUUUUUUGACAGUUCUGCCAUAACUUUCAAUUUCUGUUUUGUGUGAUGUGUAAGUGAGUUAGAAUAAAUUUGUUUCUCGUCCUGUGCGAGUUUUAUAAGUAAGUAGUUCCUCUUUAACAAUGUUGGUGUGUUAAAAUCACCGUAACAAUGGACCAUGUCGCUCUUGAUGUAUCUGGUACCAAUGAAAACAUUCAUGAUAGAAAAAGAACGAAAAGCUUAAAAAGGCUCUGGAAUCAGUUAUCAAAAUGUCAAAGGAGCUGUAUUUACACAAUAGUCAUAGUGUUAACCCUCACUGUAUUUUACUUAGUUUCAACUGAAUCCGAGAAAACACAAAUAAGCAUAGCAGAGAACACAAAUGAAAACAAAAAGGAGGUACUAAAUAACAUCAGAAACGACCCCAGAGACGUUGAUACAGUAUUCCAUGAUAAUGACAGUGAGGGUCAAGUAUUAGAAGAGCCUGGGGGUUUGGAGGCUGAAAAUAACAGAAACCAGGUUUUGUUGCCGCCCAAAGUUUUGAAAAAAUUUACAGGCCCCACAACGGCGCGCCAGGAAGCCGUGGUGAAAGCGUUUAAGCAUGCUUGGCAAGGAUAUAAACAAUUUGCAUGGGGUCAUGACCACUUAAAACCCAUAACUGAGGGUUACAGUGACUGGUUUGGGCUUGGUUUAAGCAUUGUUGACGCAAUCGACACCAUUUACAUAAUGGGCUUAACAAAAGAAUAUAAAGAAGCACGUGAGUGGAUAGAAAAACACCUACAUUUUGAUGUGAACCGAGACGUAAACUUAUUUGAAGUAACAAUACGAGUCUUAGGAGGCCUACUUAGCAUAUAUCACCUUACUCAGGAUAGGAUGUUUAUCACUAAAGCUGUUGAUUUAGCUGACCGAUUACUGCCAAGUUUUGAAUCAGAAUCGGGGAUUCCCUAUUCUGAUGUUAAUUUAUUUACAAGGAAAGCUCAUGCACCCAAAUGGUCACCUGACAGUAGCACAUCUGAAGUUACCACCAUUCAGUUGGAAUUUCGGGAUUUAAGUAGAAUUACUGGAAAUCCGAAAUAUGAAAACGCUGUCUCUAAAGUGUCAUUUCAUAUCCACAAUUUGGAAAAGAAAGAUGGUCUGGUUCCUAUUUUUAUCAAUGCCAAUACUGGUCAAUUCAGAUCUUAUGCAACAAUUACUCUAGGAGCCCGCGGGGACAGCUAUUACGAAUAUUUACUGAAACAGUGGUUACAGACUGGGAAAACAAUCGAUUAUUUAAGGGAUGAUUAUGUGACGAGUAUAAUGGGUGUUGAGAAACACUUAACAAAAAGAACCGUCCCUAACGGUUUUCUCUUCAUUGGUGAAUUGCUAGUUGGUGGAAAAGAUUUUAAACCGAAAAUGGACCACCUAACGUGUUAUUUGCCAGGAACUUUGGCCCUUGGGGUACACAAUGGUCUUCCAGAAAGUCAUAUGAAACUAGCAGAAGAAUUGCUUAGCACUUGUUAUCAAACAUACGCCCAACAACCCACAUUUCUAGCACCUGAAAUCACGUAUUUUAAUAUCCAGGGUGAAAACUCCAACGAUAUGUACGUGAAAACCAACGAUGCGCAUAAUUUACUAAGGCCUGAGUAUUUGGAAAGUCUUUGGUAUGUCUACCAGCUUACUGGUAAUAAGACGUAUCAGGAUUGGGGAUGGCAGAUAUUUCAAGGAUUUGAGAAUUAUACUAAAGUGAAAAACGGCUACACUUCCAUUGGAAAUGUGAAAAACCCUCUAAAUGUUAGACCAAAGGAUAUGAUGGAAUCAUUCUUUCUUAGUGAAACCUUAAAGUAUUUAUAUUUGUUAUUUAGUGAUGAUCCGAAAUUGAUAGACUUGGAUACAUAUGUUAUUAAUUCGGAAGCGCACCCUUUGCCUAUAUACUCAUCGUGAUUUUUUUGUGUAGGUACAUGCAAUUCAUCUAGUCGAUUUUACAAUGGACAUGUUUAUUACAUGUCUUGAUUAAAAAUUGCUGUUUUUUGAGGAGGGGAUUUAUUAGUGUAAACUUUAUUUUGUUAGUGAGAUUUUAAAUUCCAUAUAAAAACUUGGAAAACAAGGUUCUGUUUUGUUUGGAUUAUCACCUGUGUAGUAUAAAUGGGCCAGUAUUUCGGGCUAUUUGUUCCUUUAUCACAAGGAUGUACUUAUGAUUAAGUAAAAAUUGAUAUCGUUUAAACAUUUGUCAAGUAGAAAUGUGUCAUUUUCCACUCUAAGACUGAGUAAAAUUGGGUUUGAUAUUACAAAAAUUGACUUCCUAAUAUUAAGUGGUAAAUUUUAUUUUUAUACUUUUGUUUAAAUUUGACUUGACAAAGUAUUACCGUUUUGAUGUAUUUGUUUCGCAGUGUAAUUUAAAAACUUGUUGAUAGGAAAUGUAACAUGAAGAAUAGUUCAUUGUUGUACAUUGUGUUAUUUAGUUUAUUAGGGCAAGAAUGUUAAUUUCACUGUUGGAUAUGACAUAGGAAUUCGAUGGUAGAAUUGCACGCUUCUGAGUGUGUUUGUUUAUUGGACGUGCUUAAAAGAUUUUGUUUUUUUCGGUUUUUAUACACAAACAUUCAACUCAGUAGCUUGUUUAGAAAUUACAUUAAUUUGUAACACCGAUUUUUGUGAGUAAAGUAUUACACUUUGUAGAGACGAUUAUUAAAUUUUUACUCACAUUUCAA